GAAGUUAGCGCAGCUUGCUAGCAGGAAGUAGACGGAGACGGAGCUCGGCCUCACAGUGCUAGUCGGAGUAGCUUCGAUAGAGACCAAACUGUAUUUUUCACGGAGCCAAAGUGUCCAAAUGUCCAGACAGACCUGUCUGAAGAGACUCUGCGCUGUUCGCUUUAUUUGAACAUGUUUAGCAUCUGAAUUAUCUCCCGGCGUCCUACGGAGCUAAUGGAGUUAGCUUAGCUUGCUAGCAGGAAGUAGACGGACGCGAACGUGAUGUAACUUAGCAACACAGCGCGCAUCAGAGUGAGCAGACAGUUUUUAACGGAGUGAGUCUGGAGGAAAAGCUGCUGUGAAGCUGUGAAAAUGUUUAAAAUCCAGAACGAGGAGGAACUUUGUGGACAACGCAAACUACUGGACGCUGUUUUCCAGCCUGAAGUCCGGCUGCACAGAGCAGACGUCCAGCUGCUGUUGGCGAGUAAAGAAGAGGAUCCCCCUGAGCAGCAGGACUGGAGCCCCAGUCUGGACCAGGAGGACCCACCAGAGCCCCCACACAUUAAAGAGGAACCAGAGGAGCUCUGGACCAGUCAGGAGGGAGAGCAGCUUCGAGGGCUGGAGGAGGCGGAUACCACCAAGUUCACAUUCACUCCUGUCCCUGUGAAGAGUGAAGAAGACGAUGAAGAGAAACCUCAGUCCUCACAGCUUCAUCAAAGACUCACUGAACAGAUGAAAACAGAAGCUGAUGAAGAGGACUGUGGAGGACCAGAACCAGCCAGGAACUCAGAUCCAGAUAGUCGUUUACAACCAGAUACUCAUUGGUUGGAGACCAGGGAACCUCAGUCAGGUUUAAACCGUCUGCAAAACAAUGAAGUACCUGUAAGUGAUCAGGAAUGUAAUACUGGAAAAACAUCAAGUAGCUCCUCUGAAUGUGCUACAAGCUUUGGCCACAAGGAACAUCUGCAGGAACAAGAUGGACUCCAAAAAAGAGAGAAACCAUUUAGUUGCUCAGUUUGUAAAAAAACUUUUCCGUGGAGGGGACAUGUUGUGAGGCACAUGAUAAUCCACACAGGGGAGAAACCCUUUAGUUGUUCUGUCUGUGGUAAAAGAUACUUCGGGAAGCACUCCUUAUCGACCCAUAUGAGACUUCAUUCAGAAGGAAAACGUUUCAGCUGCUCAGUUUGUGAAAAAACUUUUCAAUGGAGAGGAGACGUUGUGAAGCACAUAAGAAUCCACACAGGAGAGAAACCCUUCAGUUGUUCUGUCUGUGGUAGAAGAUUCGCAGACAGCUCAAAUAUGACCAAACACUUAAGAGUUCAUACGGGAGAAAAACCAUAUCAAUGCUCAGUUUGUAAAACAAGUUUCACUUCUAGAAGCAUUUUGUCCAAACACAUGAGAAUCCACACAAGGGGAGAAAAACCAUUUAGUUGCUCAGUUUGCAGUAAAAGAUUUAUACACAAGGGAUAUCUGACACAACACAUGGCACUCCACACGGGGGAGAAACGAUACAGCUGCACUGUUUGUGACAAAAGAUUCACUUGGCAGUCCCAGCUCAACAACCAUCAUUGUGUUGGUCGUCAGUCCUCACAGCUUCAUCAAAGACAAACUGAAGAGAACAGAGAUGUAGAGCAUUUGAAAUCAGAAGCUCAUGGAGAGGACUGUGGAGAACCAGAACCAGCCAGGAACUCAGAUCCAGAUAGACAUUUACAACCAGCUACUCGUGACGAGACAUCAGACUCCUCUGAACCUGAGACUGAUGACAGUUGUGACUGGGAUGAGACCAGGGAACCUCAGUCAGGUUUAAACCCUCUGCAAAACAAUGAAGUACCUGUAAGUGAUCAGGAAUGUAAUACUGGAAAAACAUCAAGUAGCUCCUCUGAAUGUGCUACAAGCUUUGGCCACAAGGGACAUCUGCAGGAACAAGAUGGACUCCAAACAGGAGAGAAACCAUAUAGUUGCUCAGUUUGUAAAAAAACUUUUCCAUGGAGAGGACAUGUUUUGAGGCACAUGAGAAUCCACACAGGGGAGAAACCCUUCAGUUGUUCUGUCUGUGGUAAAAGAUACUUCGGGAAGCACUCCUUAUCGACUCAUAUGAGACUUCAUUCAGAAGGAAAACGUUUCAGCUGCUCAGUUUGUGAAAAAACUUUUCAAUGGAGAGGAGACGUUGUGAGGCACAUAAGAAUCCACACAGGAGAGAAACCCUUCACUUGUUCUGUCUGUGGUAGAAGAUUCGCAGACAGCUCAAAUAUGACCAAACACUUAAGAGGACAUACGGGAGAAAAACCAUAUCAAUGCUCAGUUUGUAAAACAAGUUUCACUUCUAGAAGCAUUUUGUCCAAACACAUGAGAAUCCACACGGGAGAGAAACCAUUUAGUUGCUCAGUUUGCAGUAAAAGAUUUAUACACAAGGGAUAUCUGACACAACACAUGGCACUCCACACGGGGGAGAAACGAUACAGCUGCACUGUUUGUGACAAAAGAUUCACUUGGCAGUCCCAGCUCAACAACCAUCAUUGUGUUGGUCUUCAGUCCUCACAGCUUCAUCAAAGACAAACUGAAGAGAACAGAGAUGUAGAGCAUUUGAAAUCAGAAGCUUGUGGAGAGGACUGUGGAGGACCAGAACCAGCCAGGAACUCUGAUCCAGAUAGACAUUUACAACCAGCUACUCAUGACAAGAUGUCAGACUACUCGGAACCUGAGACUGAUGACAGUUGUGAUUGGGAGGAGACCAGGGAACCUCAGUCAGGUUUAAACACUCAAAACAAUGAAGUACAUGUAAGUGGUCAGGAAUGUAAUACUGGAAAAACAUCAAGUAGCUCCUCUGAAUUUGCUACAAGCUUUGGCCACAAGGGACAUCUGCAGGAACAAGAUGGACUCCAAACAGGAGAGAAACCAUUUAGUUGUUCAGUUAGUGGUAAAAGAUAUUUUGGGAAGAACUCCUUAAAGAGACUUAAUUCAGAAGGAAAAGGUUUCAGCUGCUCAGUUUGUAAAAAAACUUUUCAAAGGAAAGAUAGUGUUGUGAGACACAUGAUAAUCCACACAGGGGAGAAACCCUUUAGUUGCUCAGUUUGUGGUAAAAGAUUCACACGAAACUCACAUUUGACCUCACACUUAAGAGUUCAUACAGGAGAAAAACCUUUCAGCUGCUCAGUUUGUAAAAGAAGUUUUGGUGACAGAAGCUCUUUUACCCAACACAUGAGAAUCCACACAGGGGAGAAACCAUUUAGUUGCAGCGUUUGUGAUAAAAGAUUCAGUCGGCUCGCUAAAAUGAAAACCCACAAGUGUGCUGGUGAGAGCAGUGGAAGUAAAAGAAGCUGCAGAGAUGUUUGUUGAGCCAUUUCCUUCCUGCAGGAUUGAAGUACUGAGGGCAAGACUUGGCUCAACACUGAUCAGUUCAAAACUGUCAGACAGACUCCAAAAUCAGUCGUGCUUAUUUAAAUUCUGUUUUUGUGUGUGUGUGUGUGUCAGAAUUAUUUGGUCAUUUUCCGGGAACUGUGCUUUUUGGUAUUACAUGUAUUUGUUGAUUUAAAAGUGAUUUAUGUUAGGAGAGCAAUGAGGCCAAGAGUGCAUUCCACCGGUGCUCCCUAUCCCAAACUAGCCUAAAGGAAACUGAGAGACUGAAGGACGAGAACAUGUGUGACUGUGUGACUCUGGAGAGGAGAGUUUCUUAUCUGUCUGCCCUGCCCCAAAUGGGAAAAAAAGUACUUCACACUGUUGUUUGCUCUGGCCUGCUUGCUUUAUAUCACCCUAUUAUCAGUUUUAAUGUUUUUGCCAUCUCCAAUCUCAGUUUUACUAUUCUUUGGUUCCGCAACAUGACUGUUUUGUUUUGUAGAACCUGUGGAAAGUUUUGUGAUUUGUUGAUGUAUUCAGGCUCUGUAAAGCCAAUGGAAAUUCAGUCUCAUGACCAUGUAGAGAUAAACACUCCUUGCUGUGAUGCAGGUUUCAAAAACUCACCUCAGCUGUGCUGUAUAGUAAGGUAAUGCUGAGGGCUGAGUUGGCUUCUUUUUCUCUUUUCCUUUUGCUGUUUUUUUUUUUUUAAUUGAUUUUGUUUUAUUUUUUAGGUUUAGGUGUUUGAUUGUUAGACAGGUUUAGGUUGCUGAGACAUUAGGAGUAGUAAGGUUGGGAAUCAUUUUCACUUUUUUAUGGUUAAAACAAACAAGUAGAUCGUUUUGAUCUAUUGAAAGAUCUUUUUCUCUUAUUUGAAUUCUUGAUUCUUAAAUGAUACCCAAGGCUUCUUCAAAAAACGCUUCGGUAAGGCUUCUUGCAUUCUACAGUUUUCUAAUAAUGUUAGAAGUGCUAAUCUUUGUACCUCAAGAGAGGGACAAGCAUUAAAGGUGUUAGGAUAUGAGUAUUAUGUGUUUCCUAGAACAGGAGGAGAACCUCACUGUGUCCUUUAAUUCUCUAUCAGAUACUAAUAACCUUUAGGAGGAGAGAGACCUAACGCAUACUGACUCCCCUAGGUCUCCCUCAAGGGAGACAGGGUUCUCAGUGCCCAGAUUGACACUUGUGUUAGAUUUUGGAGUCUGUUAGAUCAGGUUAACGAUUAAAAUUGUCCAAAAGUGUUUUAUGUCACAUAUACAGCAUUAUGUUGUCUUAAAUGUGAAUUAUAAAUUAAAUGACUUGACUUAUCUGCCAAUAACACAGUUUAUUUCUAAUUUAAUGGAAUCUCCUGGUCUUGAAUUGAUCUCUCUAUGUCUAUGUGUGAAACAUGAACAGUUGGUUCUUAAACUGCUCAUACUGUAUAUGUGUUAUUUCAGUCAAAUUAAAAGUCAUUAGACAAACUUUGAUUUCACACAAUUCGACAGCUGACAAAGGAACAUGAGGCGGGAGCUUUGAAGUUUCUCUCUGCUGGGUUGGGUUGUCUUUAAGGGCCAAACUAGAGGUGCAUGUGUGUGAUCUAUUUAGGAUAAUGGUGUCAAGUUAAAAGGAGUUAGUUAGCAUGCAAAGACUCUGUGUGAACAUCACUAACAUCAACUUAGUAUGUGGCUACCAAAUUAACCUAACAAAUGAAAACACAUCACAACAAUAAAACCUCAAUGAAAACAUCAGUAAUGUCACAUGUACAAAAGUUAAACAGUCCUUUGCUUAGCUAUAUAGACUUUUGCUGUGCAGUGUCCGCUUGUAGAGAUCGGAAGAAGCCGGUCGCUCUGCCUGUGGUUGUCCUUACAGAGGUAACAGCUCGGUGUGAACUUGCUUCAUGCUCCUGUUAACAUAUGAAGUUAGCUGGCAGGCUUUGUGUAAAAGCUGUUGGUGCAGUUUAGUAAAUUACAACUUGCUCUCCCUGACCGUGCCUAGGAUGACCUAACACCACCAUUUUUAAGGAACAUCUCAUGAUCUCUGGUCUUCAUCAAGUGGAACUCAGGACUUAUAUGACUCAGAAGACAAAGGACAAAGAGACUGACUUUGCAAUGCAGAACUGAAAUGUACAAUAUUAUGUUACGUGUCUUUAACCAUAUAUAAACGAAGGUGAAGUUUUGAGUUGAUAUGCUGAAAACAAACCCUUGAAAGUGACAUUCUUGGUAAUUUAGGACAGCACGUGUGAUAAUUUGGGAUACAGUUUUUUAUUAGUGAUUCUGUGAUUAGUGUAAAUUCAACUCUAAUGACAUACGUCAAAAAAUAUUUUAAACUGAGUUCUUGUUGUCUUAACGGUAUUAUUAAUCAAUUAAACAUGCCUAAGAUUACUUGAUGUUACGCAGUAGCCUAUUAUGAUGUGGUAUGAUGGCCUCAUUCUGUCGUCACUCCACUUGUUGUAGCCUCAUUGGUGUGUUUAGACUCUUUGAAUACCUAAUAAAACAGGAAAUGUGAA